AUGAAAUCAUCGCAUUAUCAUGUACAGCCGAGCUAUCGCUCGUUCCAGCACGAUGACUUCCUCAACAAUCACGCCUAUAGCAGCUCCUACAAGUCAGCAAGCUCUGGCGCAGCUCGGCCAGCGGCAUCAUCUAAGCUUCCUGACUCCAAACGUCAAGGACUACUCGUGGCGCUUCGACGGCCGUUCCUGGCCUUCUUAGUUGCCGCUAGUUCGCCAGUCUUCGAUCACAUGCGUGGCCUUGACUACACAGUCGCGGCCAAGAUGCUCCAUGCCCAGUCAAGCCGCCUGGCGCGUAUGCCUUCGCGCGACCAUGAACGUGUCAUUGUGUUCGGCGUUGCAGUACAUGUCCGGCUAGGGACGGUGGCCAACAACGCCUCGAUAUGCUACGACCUAGGACUCUGA